UACAUCUAUUCUAUAUUAAGUGGCAAUAUAUUAUAACUAGUUUCUUUUGUAGUGAAAAAGUUAUAACUUUGCGUCGCUCUCUUGCUUCUGAACCUAAUGAAACAACAAGCAUGGCGACAAAAUACACCGCGCUCUACAAUUUCACAGAAAUGAAGGCGAAUUCAAAGAGCAUUUACAAUGGAGUAGAGCCAAUGACGUGUAACUGUGACUACAUUCUGCCGACGGCGGCGGGCUGGCAGUCGCACUACGACAACUGCAGACCUCACUGGGAGAUGACCAAUGGAAAACCUUGUCCAAAGAACGAAGACAGAACAAUUCGUCUGCAAAAUCCACAUCUUGCGGCAUUGGAGUGUGACGUUCUGUACCACUUGGGUCUGGACACGAAGAAUUACGACCUACCCGCCAUGUUCGGAGAUGUUAAAUUUGUAUGCAUGGGCGGCACCAAGCUGCGUAUGCGCGAGCUGGCGCGGUACCUGGGUGAGGUGCUGCAGACACCCACGGACCUGGUGAAUAUCACCAAGCACUCACAUCGGUACGCCAUGUACAAAGUCGGCCCCGUGCUGUGUGUCAAUCAUGGCAUCGGUAUCCCUUCCCUCACCAUAGUCCUGGAGGAGGUGAUCAAGUUGCUCCACUACGCGCGCGCCCGGGACCCCGUCAUCAUCAGAGUGGGGACGUCCGGCGGGCUGGGGAUCCCUGCUGGCAGUGUGGUCAUAUCAGCCGGGGCGUUCAAUGGGACGUUGGAACAAGUUUAUGACAUUCCAGUAAUGGGUAAGGUGAGGAAGCUGCCGGCGGUGUUCGAUCGGCGCCUGAACCAGGAACUGCAGUCGCUGGUCCCUGACGACGCCGAGUACCGCACCUUCUGCGGCAUCACCAUGGCUGCUAACGAGUUCUAUAGAGGUCAAGCGCGCCUCGACGGGCCAUUCUGCGACUACACCGCCGCCGACAAGAUGGCGUUCCUGUCGCGGCUGGUGUCGCUUGGCGUGCGGAACAUAGAGAUGGAGGCGACAGCCUUCGCCGCCAUCACGCACGAGGCCGGCAUGAGGGCUACCGACGUGUGUGUCACGUACCUGGACAGACUGAAGGGAGAUCAGGUAACACCGAGCGCUGAAACUCUCGCGUCGUGGCAGAAACGACCCAUGGAGGUGAUCGGGAAAUAUAUCAAGAAAUACUGUGAAUUGAAACUGAAGAAAUAAGAAUAUUUAAUAUGUUUGUUUGUGUGACACUAGCUUUGCUGAAGUAUCUUUAGUUUAAGUUUAAGUUGAGGACAAACGAAGCAAUUGUGAUGCAGUUUGAGGAUUACUUGGAUUCCUGUCCAAGAGCAAAGGAUAGUGUUUAUCGCGAAUAAUGUACGGUAACGCGAUAAACUAUUUUUGAUGUAACGAAGUUGCGGAUUUUGGUAUUAAGGAGUGAGCACACUGAGACGGGCCG